AGCUGGAGUGUUUCGUAUGAGUUUGUAUGUGAGAUUUCCAUAAUAGUUUCAAUGUGAACAGUUUCUAUCCAGACGCCAUUUUUUCCCCGGGUGUUUACAGGUAUUUUCUUGCAACAUGAAGAGUUUUUCCCAGGCAGCUGCCACCACGGGAAGAGAGAUUUGGGUAGCACACACUACAAGAGGGGCUUCAACGUGGCUGCUCGCCUCGUUUGUUGUAUUACUGGCUGUGGCGUGUGUUUACUCGACCCCUACCAUUGAAUGUCCAGUCAAUAAACUCGAUGUUGCCGACAGCGGUGAAAGAACAACAUCAGUAGCAUUAAUUACACCUACUGUCGCAAACGCCGACGUACGGUGUGAUAAGCAAAGCUCAGACAUUUUCAGUAUUGGUACAACGGCCGUAACGUGUACGGCCACAGACGAUGAUGGGAACACGGCCACGUGCGUAUACUACGUCAUCAUUACCGACAACCAGGCCCCCACUAUCGACAACGUCCCUGCAGAUGUACGAGUGAGUAUUUCUCUGGAGGACUUGAAGUUUCCGAACGCUGGUGCCGUAGCCAAGUGGCAAGCCCCGGCGACCAUUGACAAUUCCAACCUGGUAACUCUUUCAUCAACACACCAAUCUGGUGAAACGUUCCGUAUCGGUGAGACCACUGUAAAGUAUACAGCAAUAGACAGAGCGGGUAACACCGAUGACAAGUCGUUCAGUGUCAGAGUGUUGGUUAAACCACCAGAUGAUGAUGUAUUUGUCAAUGGACACAGAAGCGAAAACAGCAUGGCUUGUACGACAUUGGUCUGGCCUGAGACAGGGGACCAAGAAACCGAAAGCUACGGCUUAUUCUUUUGGAAGCAGGGGGACCCUCGACCGUUGAAUGAACAACGAACUAUCCAAACUGCAGAUGCGAGUAAAACAUACGUUAAGUAUGAACGUUGCGGUCUUCUUCCCGGCGAGUUGUACAACGUUGAAGUACAGAAUGAGCCAGCCUCGGAGAAUGUUGGGAAAUUGCAAUUCUGGACAAAGCCGAAUCAGGUCCUGCUUCUGAGUGCAGAGCCGGGUGCAGAUAAUACAUCAUUUGAUGUGUCUUGGGAACUGAGUUCUGAUAACGUGGAUCAAUAUCUUCUACAAGUAUAUAACUACUAUGACAAUGGUAAUGUGUAUGCUGAGUACUUUACCAAGACGACUGAUAACACACGCAUUGAGGGGAUUCCGCCCGGUACUUAUGUCAUUGUGUCUAUAUCAGCUGUGAUUGGUUCCGGUGAUAUGCGUCAAGAAGGGGCUAUCAGUUUCUUUAUCACACCAGCACUUCCUGCAGUAGACGAACUCAUUGCGUACAACUACACUGAGUCAACCAUAGCAGUAGCGUGGGGAGUGUCUGACAUCAACAGCCCACUGUUAAGUUCCUCGGAGCCUUUUAUGAUAUUCAUCACUCCCGAAGGUACCAAGGAGAGCUUUCAAAUCAUCUCUAGCGGCCCUCUUGUGGCAGAAUUCACGGGUCUUGAGCCCAACACCGACUACGAGAUUAAAGUGAUCCAUAAUGUGAUGCAGGUGUCACUGACUACAACGCAGAAAACAAGACCGGUGAGGGCAAACAACGUGCGAGCGACUGCCGUCGAGUCUAGUUCCAUAACGCUUGAAUGGGAACAGUCAACGACAGAGGGCGUCAAGUACGAGUUGUACAUCUCACCCGGUGAAAGAUCAGAUCCUAUUCCACUAGAAGCAGAGACAAGCUAUACUUUCAGCCAGCUGAAGAAUAACACCGAGUACUUCAUCAAAAUUGUUGCUACCUACGAUGGUAUGAAGAGUGUCCCUGAGACUCUGCUGGUAACCACUGGAGUGACAAAGCCUACAGUUCCUAGCUCUGCUUUAACCACGGUAAUUAUAGUUGCAGCUGUUCUUGGUUGUGUUGUUCUUGUGCUGGCAUUGGUCAUCCUCGUCGCCUGCAUCAAGCUACGGAGACUUCAGAAAAACUCUCCACAGGUUAAUGCAAAAGCUGGUCAAACAAACGUAGCCAUGGACACACCACGUGGACCAAGGAGAGGGGGCAAACCCGACAAGCAAGAGCAGCAGCAGGACUACGGUAGUGAGUAUGCUGAGCCAGCAGAGCUGGGAAUCAUCAGCCAACGCAACCAUGGAAGAAGAGACGACAAACCAACCAACACUCAAUACCAGAACUCAUCUGUCUUGGCAGGAAUAAUGAAGUUCGGGAGGAACAAGCCCACGAAUUAAAGCGUCUGGAGCCCAGAUUGCAACUCCAUAUAGGCCCUUUCCGAAACCACGGCUUCGGCUCCAGAAUCGGCUCAGGCUAUAGAUUGGCUCCACAGUAGCUGUUUUGACAAUGGGAGACUUUGGGACGCUAGGUGGCAGCAGACUUACCAGGUAAUUUUCCAUUGUUUACGUAGUUCUGA